CACCACCACUCUCGGUUUCCAUAACUCGCCGCCGGUUAAAUAUGGACGUUCGCCGGCGACCAGUCAAGCAUCAGUCGCACCCCAGAUCGGUAAAACAACAUACCGACGGUGAACUUCUAAAACCCCACAACCAAUUAAAAGCCUCCGACGCCCUCCCACUCCCACUUUAUCUCACCAAUGGUCUCUUCUUCACUAUGUUCUUCUCCGUCAUGUACUUCCUCCUCCACCGGUGGCGCGAGAAGAUCCGUAACUCCGUCCCUCUCCACGUCGUCACGUUGUCCGAGCUCGCCGCCUUGGUCUCGCUUAUCGCCUCCUUCAUCUACCUCCUCGGCUUCUUCGGCAUCGAUUUCGUCCAAUCUAUCAUCCGCCCUUCGCCCGAUUCGUGGGAAAUGGAGGAUGAGAACUCGGAACAACUCAUGAUUGACGAAGAUAAGCCUAUCAAACCAUGCGGGCAGGCCUUGAUCCCUCACAUUAUGACGACAAAACCCACGGCGGAUGUGGCAAAGGAGAAGAAGAAACCAUCACCCACCAUUGAACACACGUCGGAGGAAGAUGAGGAAAUCGUGAAAAUGGUGGUGAAAGGCUCAAUCCCAUCAUACGCCCUCGAGUCAAAACUCGGAGACUGCAAGCGAGCGGCGGCGGUACGACGGGAGGCUCUUCAGAGAAUCACCGGAAAAUCAUUAUCCGGUCUUCCUCUUGAUGGGUUCGAUUACGAUUCCAUUUUAGGCCAGUGUUGCGAGAUGCCGGUGGGAUACGUUCAGAUUCCGGUAGGGAUUGCCGGACCAUUGUUAUUGAAUGGGACGCAGUUUUCCGUCCCAAUGGCGACGACAGAGGGAUGUCUGGUGGCCAGCACCAACAGAGGUUGCAAAGCCAUCUUUGCCUCCGGUGGCGCCACCUGUAUACUUCUGAAAGACGGAAUGACGAGGGCGCCGGUAGUGAGGUUCGGCAGCGCCAAGCGGGCUGCGGAGUUAAAGCAAUUCUUGGAAGAUCCGAUGAACUUCGACACACUUGCAGUUGUGUUCAACAAAUCGAGUAGAUUCGGAAGGCUACAGAGCAUUCGAUGUGCAAUUGCGGGCAAGAAUCUAUACAUAAGGUUUUGUUGUAGUACCGGGGAUGCAAUGGGGAUGAACAUGGUCUCGAAAGGUGUCCAGAAUGUUCUUGAUUUUCUUCAGACUGAUUACCCUGAUAUGGACGUCAUGGGCAUUUCCGGAAACUAUUGCUCCGACAAGAAACCUGCUGCCGUGAAUUGGAUUGAAGGGCGUGGGAAGUCUGUGGUGUGUGAGGCAGUGAUCAACGAAGAGGUAGUGGAAAAGGUGUUGAAAACCACCGUGGCGGCCCUGGUGGAGCUAAACAUGCUCAAGAAUCUGACGGGAUCUGCCAUGGCUGGUGCACUCGGAGGCUUUAAUGCUCAUGCUAGUAAUAUAGUCUCUGCAGUGUACUUAGCCACAGGACAAGACCCCGCCCAGAAUAUUGAGAGCUCUCACUGCAUCACCAUGAUGGAAGCCGUGAACGAUGGCAAAGACCUUCAUGUGUCCGUCACCAUGCCUUCGAUCGAGGUUGGAACAGUUGGAGGUGGUACACAACUAGCAUCACAAUCAGCAUGUUUGAACUUAUUAGGUGUCAAAGGUGCAAGCACAGAUGAACCAGGGUCAAACUCAAGGGUGUUGGCCACAAUAGUAGCUGGCUCAGUUCUUGCUGGUGAGCUCUCUCUCAUGGCAGCACUUGCAGCUGGUCAGCUGGUCAAGAGCCACAUGAAAUACAACAGAUCCACCAGAGAUAUGACCAAGUUAACCUCCUCUUAGAGUCUCAAACAACUACUACUUCAUGUUCUCCUGAUGGUCUUCUGAUCCUUUAGUUUGCAAUAUUGGGGUUGACACAACAUGUAGACCCUAUUCGAAACCGGCUCCCGAUAUAUUUAUGAACAUAUAUAUCUAAAUAGAAUAAAUGUGGCAUCGAUGAUGACGGAAUGGCGAAAAGAGUGGAUCAUGAAUGGUUGAGGGGAAAAAGUUAGAAGAAAAACAAAAGGGAAUUGAAGUGCUGUUGUUGCUUUCUUUUGAAGCUUCCAUGUGAGUUUGGAUCUGUUCCCCAGGUGUAUAAAGGUUGUGUAUGUGUAGAGCUGGUGGUGGUGGUGGUGGGGAGAAUCAACAGAAACACUGAGAUCUAGGGCUGUGGCAUGGUGUUUGUUUUGUCUUUGUCUUGUUUCUUUUAAUGUGCUGCUGGUGGUCAUUAGGUUUUUGCAUGUGCAAAUGCUUUUAAUUUAUUUGUAUCUUGUCUGUAUUUCUGUCUAUUGUUAGUUUGUUUAUUUCUAUCAACUCCUAAAUCAAUCACCCAGAUCC